AGGCAUGGCAGCAACUUCUUCUUAUAUGGCUUGUGCCAAAUUCUCUAUGUUGGGUUAUUCUGGAAGAAGAAAACAACUGAGAAGCAGAAGAGACUUCACCAUAAGAGCUCAGCAGCAACCUGGUGAAGUCCAAGAACCACAAGAAAUGAAAGUACAAGAACCAGAAGUAAAGAGAGGAAAAGGAGAGCCAAAAGGGACAGUGCCAAGGCCAGUGGAGGCACAAUUGAAUGUGCAGAGUAAGAACAUGGGGAGAGAAUAUGGUGGGGAUUGGCUUAGCAGUGCCACAAGGCAUGUGAGGAUUUAUGCAGCUUAUAUAGACCCAGAAACCUGUGCAUUUGAUCAAACACAGAUGGAUAAGCUCACCAUUAUACUUGAUCCAACCAAUGAGUUUGUGUGGACUCCAGAGACUACCAACAAGGUCUACUCCUACUUCCAAGAGCUUGUGGAUCACUAUGAGGGUGCAGAUUUGACAGAAUACACUCUGCGUCUGAUUGGUUCAGACAUAGAGCACUACAUAAGGAAGCUUCUGUAUGAUGGAGAAAUCAAAUACAACAUGGAUGCAAGAGUCCUUAACUUCAGCAUGGGUAAGCCUCGUGUUAUGUUCAAUAACAACGAAUUUCAACCUCAGGAUGCAUGAUCGUAAGAUUCAGAGUCGUCAAACACAAAGGCUGGAGAAAGAAGAUGAAUCCAAUAGGAUUGGAUCAAAGAGUAAUGUCUUCCCAUCCAUCCAUUCUUACUCAUUGAAGGUUAAUAUGUGAUUUAUGUAGAGAGAAUAUACAUCUGAAUUUGUUUCUCUAGAAGUGAAGUAGUAAACUACUCCAAAAUGAAGAGUGAGGAAAGAUUAUCAAGAAAUUUGAUUAUGGGAUCAGAGGCUGAUUGAAGAUACAAGGGCAUAAACAGAUCAGUUCUUUCUUAUACACCCUACUAUUCUUCCAUUUCGUAGAACAAAACCACAUUUUCUAGUACGAAGUAUCAUAUAUAACUUAAGAAACAAUCCAUUGCAUCCAUAACAGAACCAUUGUUGUCUGCAUUAGGAGAUCAACCGCUACAUCGUGCAUAAAAGGUGCCAAACCACAGCCUACUUGCAAUGUAUGAUUCAUAUACUUCACAUGUGCAA